CGAUCAUUCCUGACAUUCCGAUCCGCGCUGUCGAAACCGCAGCACGCACACACUCUCUCGCUCACACACGAACACACACAUUGACAUAAGCGGAUAUUAUACACGCAGCGUAGAGCGCGAGCGCGCGCGCGCGCGCACGUAUAUGCCGCAGUGACGUUCCCCGGCCCCGCGGGACACCACAACCGAAUCCGUUUGAGAACAGGUAAGUCCUCUGGUCGGGAUCUCGUACUCUCCGCGGCCGUCCGACACGAAUCGUACGUAAAAUAUAUUCAUCACAACUUAAUUCACUGUCGUCCGGCACAUUGUUAUAAUUAAUAAUACUGUUGUCGCAUUUCGUCUYGCCGGUCGUUUCUUUUCCGCAAGUGUCUCGCAAUUAUUAACGUAUUAUUAUUAUUAUUAUUAUUAAUAUUUAAUAUCAUAAUCGUUUGGUGGUGUCGUACGAWAAUACGAAUAACAACACCACAACACUACCCGAACGUAAUAAUAUUAAUAAUAUUAUCAUAACCGCCGUCAUCGUGUGUUAACAUUCGUGCGUCUCUCUACACCGGACGACGACGAAUAUACGAUUGCGACUAGGACGUGCGAUAUGGAAAGUGAAUCGCCGUUGGAAGUGCUGUCCAGGGCGGCCACGAUGCUGCACAGGGAAGAGACAGCGGCUGCAGCUGCUGCAGCCGUCGUGGAAUCGUCUUUCGCCACCAAUCAUUCGAGGGCGCUGUCACUGAGAUGUUCGGCGAUGGAGGGAACCGUCGGCACCGUCGGGAAAUGGAAGAGGGAGAGAAGACACAGGGCCGUCUGCACAUCACCCGUUUCGCCAACUCCGCCGCCUUUCAGAAACUCUCAAGAACCUUUGGACAUGACGACGACGGCUGGUUCUAGGGCGCUGCCAAAAGAACGUGCUUCGGUGAUCAUGGCUUCACCGGCCACCGGCCACAGAGUACAGUCUUCGGCGGCGGCGACGACGACCACAGGUGGCAUCAGCGACCCAGUCAUCGACGAACAUUUCAGACGGUCUUUGGGCAAAGACUACAUGAACGUGUUCGCGCCGGCUGUCGCGCAACGACAACAGCAACAGGUCGCCGCCACUGCACCAUCGACCGACGGCGACGAUGACAACGAUGACGACCAAGCGGGAUUAUCAGGUACAUACCUAAACAAUUAUAAUUUAGGUACCUAUUGUUUUGGUGUCCUGAUCAGUUAUACMAAUUGAGCUUUUAUGAUACCU